AUGGCAAACAUAUCAAAGAAAUGCCUAAACGACAGACUCAUCCGCGUUUCACUCGCAAGGCUGUAUCGGAAACACAGUCACAGCCUCUUGAAUCCCAAAGAGGACAGCACCGAGAGAGUUCAGUUAUUGAAGGAAGAAGUGAGAAACAUGCUGAAUGAAACAGAAGGUUUACUCCAACAGCUAGAGCUCGUCGACACUUUACAAAGACUCGGAGUUUCUUACCAUUUCGAACGUGAAAUUAAGAAGAUUCUAACGAAUGUGCACGUAAAAACUGUGAGACACAAAAACAGGGUAGAUCGAAAGAGAUAUGAAUGGUUAUACGCGACUGCCCUUGAGUUCCGACUACUAAGGCAACAUGGUUUUAGUAUUGCACAAGAUAUUUUCAGCGGGCAUUUUGGAGAUUAUUUGGAUGAUGAAGACAUCAAGAGUGUUCUUUCACUAUACGAAGCUUCAUAUCUCUCUACCAGAUUCGAUACUAAACUGAAAGAGACCAUAUACUAUACAACAAAACGACUUAGAAAAUUUGUGGGAAUGAAGAAGACUGAGACCACAUCUUAUGUUCGGAAGAUGGUGAUCCAUGCGUUAGAAAUGCCUUACCAUCGGAGAGUGGAAAGAUUAGAAGCAAGAUGGUACAUAGACGUGUACGGAGAAACGCAGGACAUGAACCCUAACUUGCUCGAACUGGCGAAACUUGAUUUCAAUUUCGUACAGAUUAUUCAUCAAGACGAGCUCAAAUUUCUCUCUAGAUGGGAUGUGAAUCGCCUUGAAGAACUUCCCGAGUACAUGAAGUUAUGUUUUCUCUGCCUCAUCAACGAAAUAAAUCAGAUUGGAUAUAUUAUCCUCAGAGAUAAAGGAAUUAAUGUGAUUCCUUACCUAAGAAAAUCCUGGGCAGAUAUGUGUACAACGUUUUUAAAAGAGGCGAAGUGGUACAAAAAUGGUUACAAACCUAACCUCGAAGAGUACAUGGAAAAUGGUUGGAUAUCAAGCUCUGUCCCUACAAUACUUCUCCACUUGUUUUGUCUCUUCUCCGAACAAAACUUAGACAUUAUUGUCUCCCACCACCACCAUGUUGUUCGAAGCUCUGCCACCAUCCUCCGUCUCUCUAACGAUCUCGCCACUUCCUCGGAGGAAUUGGCGAGAGGUGACACUAUGAAGUCGGUACAAUGUCACAUGUAUGAGACGGGAGCUUCAGAGGCAGAGUCACGUGCGUACAUUCGACGAAUGAUCGGUGUGGCUUGGGAUGACUUGAACUUGGAGAAAAGGAGUUGUUGGCUACAUCAAGGUUUCGUAGAAGCUGCGGCUAAUCUUGGACGCGUGGCUCAGUGCGUUUAUCAGUACGGUGAUGGCCAUGGAUUUCCCGAUAAGGCUAAGACCGUCGGUCAUGUCCGGUCCUUGCUCAUCCACCCUGUUCCAAUCGAUUAAAACUGCCUAUUAAAUCACACAAAUAAUAUUGGAUCAGUUCAAAGAGUUGAUCCCAUGCAGAUAUGGCUCCGAUUGGUAAGGACUGUGACUGUAGGCUGUGACUGUAAGCUUUUGGCUGUAGAGAAUUUGAUUUUAAAAACUGUGAUUGUUACUUUAAAUAUUUUUUAAAGUCAUAUUGUUAAUAAAAACUAUAGAAACUGUGACUGUUAAUUUUUUUUACAAAUAUAUGUACCAAUAUAUUUAUGGAGAUGAAAUAUAUUAUAAUGGUAAAUUUGAAA